AUGCGGUAUUCGUGGGGUUUACCCGCUUUCCGGCGUGUUCGAUCGAGCGCGCCGCUUUCCACGCUCGCCGCCUUCGCCGGCCUCCGAUUUCGUUCCACGCCGCCUGCGGUCCUGACGGAAGGGGGGGGAAGGGUUGGGGGGAUUUCGCGAACGCGCGUGGCCGCCACGGCGUGGGCGGCCCCGACCCCCGGGCUUUUCCGCAGCACCCGGGGGAAUUUAUUCCUCCCCCCGCCGCUCGCGCGGCUGCUCGUGGUGGCCGGCCUCGCCGUCGGCCAGGCCUUCCUUCUCGCCUUUCAUAACGAACGGCAGCGUCUUCGGCGGGAGGAGGCGGAGGCGGCAUCGGAGGGCACCCCCUCUUCUUCGUCGUCGUCGUCGGAAGGGGGUCGUCAGGGGGGGGGGUCGCAUCCGAACCGGCCGCCGAUGACGUCGCUUGAGGCGCUGCAGAUUUUAGGGAUCCACCCUACCCCGUCAUCGCCCGCGAAUCCCGCGGGGUUGCCGCUCACCACCCCGUCGGAGCGGGAACUCGCGCGGAGGAAUUUUGAACGGAUGUUCGCGGUUGCCCAAAAGCACGAGAACUGGUUUUUGGCGGGGAAGCUGAGCGCCGCGUAUCGGAUGUGCGUCGAUCCCACCUGGGAUCACCCUGCCGGGGAGGGGAAGGAAUCCAACGGCGACGACCUUUCAAAGGAGGGAGGAGGGGGCUCUUCGUAA